AUGAGUUUGUGAGCUCUAAAGCAGCCCUCCCAUAGCGCAAGCUUGCGCCCUGUAUUGCGCGAGGUUCGCGCAAAUUUUAGCGCUGGGUUUUUCUUGGCGCAAGCCUGCGGAACUUAAAUCUCUCGCCGCAAAGUCGCGCCAGACGGGGGAGGGAGUGUCGUUCCAUGAAAUUUCAAAAUUUUUAUUUUUUAAUAGCUUCUUCUGUUUUCAGGUCCAGCUUUGUCACUGAUUAACAGCACUUUGGGCUCAGAAUCUUUCAUUAAUUUGGAAAAAAUCGAAGUCGAUGACGUCUCUAUUUACUGCGACGGCACUACCGACUUGAUCAAGAUUGCAGGAAGUAUCCCUCAAGAUAUAGUCGACCGACUGCACAGAGUGGGAAAUAAGGUACGAUUUUUUUCUUUGAAAGAAUGAUGAGAAAUUAAAUAUCUCACAGUGUUUUUCAAAGGCUCGACUUAAGUUUUUUUCUAGGAGAGAAAAAUUAAAAACAAAACAACACAAUUCUUUUUUUGAAGCACUUGAAUAUGACGUUUUUUUAGCUUCAUUUUUCAAAAAAAUGUUUCUUUUUAUAGGCGCACAGAAAAAUAUUUUCAUGAAGAUUCAAGAGUGGAAAGCUCUUGAAAGACUCUUUGAACAUCCUAGCAAACUUUUUAAGGACAUGAAUCGAUAUCUAAAACCAAAAAGUGUUUACAGAAAGUAUGACUUUUCCAGACCCUUGAAGCCUGCAAGUCAUUGACGACUACUCAGCCGACGGUUCUUGGCGCGACCCAGCGAGCAGGAGUCCCUAGAUCGAACUCUUCCGCCGCGGUGAUCUCCCAAUUGUGCACGCAGAAGAUAGAUGCCGAGAAGGAGAAGUGCUCUAGCAACAGUGAGUUUAAGGAAAAAAAGUAACGAAAACUGAAUUUUAGUGAUAGAAAGAUAGACUAGACGCUUUUUGAAAAAUGAUUAAUAUAUUUUUGAAAAAUAAAUUCAGUGAACAUAAUGGGUAUUAAAGGAUGUAAAUUGUAGAGAUUUUUUUGCGGUGAGAAAAUGUUGAACCUAGCCUUUUUUUCAGAUGUCAUUUUAUAAUAUGUGUACAUCAUUGAGUUCUUUUGAAUUAUCGACCAAAUUGAGAAGAGUUAUCUGGGCUUUUUCUUCACAGACACGCUGCUGUACAUCGCCUGUGCAGUGAUAGUGGUCCUUUUGAUUGUGAGCAUCGUUUCGACGAUCAUCGCCCUCAAGCUCUACUUAUGGCGCCACAAAGUUUUUCUUAUUUUCUGAACACUUUCACACCUUUCAUAUUCAAAAUUGGUUAAAGUCCUUUUUUUGAGUGAAAAACGUGGAAUUUUGUGCCGAAAAUGACUUAUUGUGGUUCUAUGUGUCUUUCCCGACUUAUUGAAAAUUUUAAAAAAGUUUUCUUUACAGAUCUAG